AUGCCACUUUUUACAAGCAGCAGCAACACCGGCAGCUGUACAAGCACCGGCAGCAGCAGCGGCACCGGCAGUAGCAGCAGCAACAGUGAGUUCGGUCCAUAUUGCCAUUUACGUCUGCUCGACGAGGAGACCCGAAUCCUCUUUCCAGAAGCUCUCCCUCUCGCUGCUACCGAGGUGCUUACCACCGCCACCAGCAGCACCACGAGCAGCAGCAGUGAGUAUGAGACGUGGUAUCUGGCGCUGCAUGGCAUAUUGGGGGGUCGCCGCAACUUGCGGAGUUACGUGGCGGGACUGGCCAAGGCAAUGCAGACGGAGGAGCCCGCUCGUAACAAUACCACCAGCAGCACUAAUAGUCGUAGUAGUAGCACCAGCAGGAGUCGCGCGUUUACCUUCGAUUUGCGGGGCCACGGCUGCAGCUCACGAGGCCCCAUCAGUGUGCAUCUAAUGGCUCGCGACCUUUAUGCUCAGCUGUAUCAACUGCUGAAAGAGACGGCGGAACAAAGAGGAAUACCAUUACCCAGCAGUACCACCAGUAAUGGCAGCAGUAGCAGCAGCAGCAGCAGCAGCACGCUACCUCACUGGGAAGGAAUGCGUCGUGUGGCUGGGUUGCUGGAUUUGCUGCAGAUUCGUUUGGUGCUGAUAGGCCAUAGUUUUGGGGCAUUGGUAUGCAUGCAAGCAGCUCUCGAUGCUGCUGAGCUGCCUUUAUUUGCUGCCACCGUUAUUCUUGAUAUUUCUCCUUCCCCCUAUUUAUUAAACCCCGACCACCUCUCUCCAGAUUCGCCUGCUAAAGAAACAACCACCAUCUUCCUUCCUAACAGCGGCAGUAUCAACAGCAGCAGCAGCAACAGCAGCAGGAUUUUGUGUUGCUUGGACGUGGGGCGUCGCGUACCUCGGCCUAAGGAAGGGGUGUAUGCGUCUUCGGCUUUAAUUGAUUUGCUGUUAGAUCUUCCGCUGCCUCUCUUUGCAAGCAGGGCUGCUGUUGCUCUAGCGCUGCAGCAAGUACAGCCCCCCAUCAAGCCUGCUGUCAUCAACUGGCUGCUUCUGUCCCUCAGCAGCAGAAGUACACGGGAAAAAGAACUGCUGCACCUUCUCAGGCAACAAACACGAUUCAGCCAAGGGGAUAGACAGGGCCAAGGAGUCUACCUUCCUUCGGAGCAGCAGCAGCAGCAGCAACACUACCCACAGCCACCGCGUCAGCCGCAAAUGCAGCCACAGGAGCAGCCGCAGCUGGAACAGCAGCCACAGGAGCAGCAGGAACAGCAGAAGCAGGAGCAUGAUGAUGGUGAUGGUUUGUGCUGGCAUUUAGAUUUGCCUGCGUUGCAUGCAUUAACAGCAACAAACCGUUCUUUUGGUUUGGCGGCUGCGCCUUUGUCUAUCCACGACCCGUCUUUGCCUGCAGCAGUAGCAGCACGUGGAGUGUACCGACAUCCCAUCUUGUUCGUGAGGGGCUCGAAGUCUCCGUGGCUAAACUUUGAGCUGCAGCAGCAGUCAAUAUACCGCCACUUCCCUCUAGCACAACUGCAGACUAUACAGGACGCCGGUCAUUGGCUGCAUGCGCAGCAGCCCCAAGCAACUAUCCGCGUUGCAGCAGACUUCUUAAGGGAAACAGCCUUUAAAACGCAUAAAUAA